AAUAACGGCACACUCUGAUAUUUAUGGAGGCGAUCCCCGCAUUUAUCGGCACCGCAUCCGCGUCUCCGCCUGUGAUGCACGUACAUGAAUGAACGCGUUUGGAAGCGGACGCGGUGAACGGCGCUUUGGGGCCGACGAAACCAAGCGGUCCACCAUUGUUUGCGUAGAAAUAAGAAUGGCCUGGAUGUGGAAGAGGAAGUCGUUGAUCGCCACCAGUCUGAUCGUGGCAGUUUCGCUCUUCGUGGUUGUGGUGAACUACUCGGAGAAGCCCUACUUCCUCCUGCAGCCUGUUUUCGGUCAGACGUUCAGCGGCCACUGGAUGUUCUCCAAGCAGCCGUACAAGGCCUUCAAGCCUCACCUGGGCUACGUCAGCAUCCCCAGGCAGGAGCCCCUGAAGCUGCACUGUGAGCUCUGCAGCAUUGUGUCCAGCUCGGGCCAGAUGUUGGGGCAGGCUGCCGGCCCACAGAUCGAUCGUUCUCCCUGCAUCUGGCGGAUGAACAAUGCACCAACUCGGGGAUUUGAGCGUGACGUGGGCCGACGAACCACGCUGAGGGUCGUCUCCCACACCAGCGUCCCCCUGCUGCUGCAGAAGCCCCAGUACUUCUUUGGGCAGGGCAACGACACCAUCUAUGUCGUGUGGGGGCCGCUGCGAAACAUGAGGAAGGAUGGGAAGGGCAUCGUGUACAACAUGCUGCGACAGGCUGCGGAGAACUACCCUCAUGCACGCAUCUACGUCACCACAGAGGACAGGAUGAACUACUGCGACAUGGUCUUCAAGAAGGAGACGGGAAAAGACAGGAUCCAGUCCGGCUCCUACCUCAGCACCGGCUGGUUCACCCUCAUCCUCGCCAUGGACAUGUGCAAAGAGAUCCAUAUCUACGGCAUGAUAAAUGACACCUACUGCAAGACAGAGGGUUACAGAAAGGUCCCCUACCACUACUACGAGGCUGGCAGCCGCGACGAGUGUGCAGAGUAUCUGCUCCAUGAGAGUGCCCCCUACGGUGGACAUCGCUUCAUCACGGAGAAGUCUGUGUUCGCCAAGUGGGCCAAGACUCACGCCAUCAAGUUCUUCAACCCGCCGUGGCAGCUGUCGUGACCCUGGCCGAACCAGCAUGGAAAUACCACACCGUCGUCGUCGUCGCCGUCAUCACUCAAGGACCCGCUGAAUAUCUACACAGACAGAAAGCGUGUUCCCUAACGUGCGCAAACAUCCGUUUCUGCACAAAUUCCACUCCGUAUCCAUAGAAAAAAAGUCGGUUUAGGGUUGUUUGUCAAGUCCUGGUUGGUUAGGGGUGUCGCCUCCAAAAUCCAGGCACUUGUUCAUUUGACAAUGGCCACUCAAUCAGACAAAGUCCAUUAAGGUUUGACCAACCCGGACAGCACAAGCGUAUCUCCUGCUCUUUGAAUAUUAAGUCGUCUUCUCCUGAAUCUGAAAGCUGAAGGAUGUGCGCAGCGCACUGCUCCGCACUGACCAGUCGAUCCAUUCGCUGCUCUGUGAGUUUAGCAAAGGAUGGCUCGAAGAUUAACUUUAAAAAAAAAAAAAAAAAAAAGAGAAAACAGAAGAAACAACCAUCCCUCAGCUUGCAGUGACCUCAGUAGCUCAGAUGUCUGCGGGCGCUGUACAUUGCAAAGGCUGAAUUUCAAUUUUUUACAGGAGUGUAGCUGAAGACGAGCUCAGCCGCCGCAGAGGCAAGUCACGUUGCCAUGGACGUCUGACGAGCUCGCCUGCUCUGUUUCCUCUGCGUGACUGUCUUCUGUCAGGCUGUAAUUAAUCUAUAACGAGUAUCAUUCAUGCCUUCAUCUCUGACUGAGGGGAGUAUCGAAGGCAGAUGCUCUGUCAGUUUCAAUUUUCUCUGCUCUGUUUAAAGACGCCUCGACAAACAAGGUCAUUUGAAAAAGCAAACACAGGCGAGCAAAAAACAGAUUUCAGUCCCACUAAACCAGAGGUGUAGAUGUAAAUCUGUUUUUUAUCGUUAUGCUUGGCUGUUAUUCUGUGUGUUGACUCACACAACUUAAAGAUGUCAACUUUUUUUCUUUUUUUCUUUUUUUUUAGUAAUGCUGUGAAAUUGAAUUAUAGGAGACAUGCUCUGGCGU